GAAGAGAGCUGUCAAGCUGUGAGGAGGCAGCAGAGAGACGACUUAGUUUUUUCUUGGAAUACAUUCUCCCCUCCAUCUCUGAAGCCCACACACAUACUUAAAAAAAUAUAUAUAAACACACAAACACACAGAUGGUAAAGUGUGUGUGAGUGCUGUUACCCUCUUGCGAGGAGCGGUGAAUUAUUUUCAGGAUCUGGACUUACUCAAGCCCCGACUCACUUGGACUGUAAGAGUGUUUGGAUUCAGCAUCCCUGUGACUUGGACUUAAAGUCAGUGCAACACUUUGGGCUGAGAGUGUGUAUCCCUGCGUGUGUGUGUUUGGGAUUCAGCACUUCACCUGAAUGCAACACUGAGAUUUUGACUGAAACUGUGUUGGCACUUGUUAGUUCAGAAUUCAGCAGAUUUGAACUCACACUUGGACUCAGCGUGUGUUUGUGUGUGUGUGUGUGAUAAGUAGGAGGAUGUGUUGGCCGGUGACAGUGGUCCUGCUAGCCCACCUCGGGGCCACCUUAACGGGGGCAUGGAGAGCAUCUCAACCAAGACUGCAGUUCACACACUCCGAGCUGAUUCAGAACGGCCGCCUGCUGACGCUGCCCCUAGUGGCCGGAGACCUGCAUUCCCUGCUGCCUGACGAGGAUGGGAGGCAUCUGUACGUGGCCAUGAAAGAUAACCUGCUGUCUACCAGUCUGGAUGACAUAACACAGAACCCACGCAAGCUGUACUGGCCUGCCAGUCCAGACCGUGUCCAGGAAUGUCUCAUGGCUGGGAAAGAUCCAGAGCUGGAGUGUGCUAACUUCCUGCGAGUUCUGCAGCCUUUCAAUCAGACUCACCUCUACGUUUGUGGCACUGGGGCCUUCAAUCCCCGAUGUGCUUUCAUAGCUACCAGCGUCUUCCGUCAGUCAGAGCACCAGACUCUCUCCUACAGCCAGACAGAGUGUGGGAAGGGGAAAUGUCCCUACGAUCCGUUCCAAAAAACAGCCUCGGCUGUUGUUGAUGGAGAGCUGUAUGCUGGGAUCACCUCAGACUUCAUGAGCCGGGACUCUGCCUUCUUCCGCAGUCUCGGCAGCCGUCACGUCAUCCGCACUGAGCAGUACGACUCCACCUGGCUGCAGGAUGCCCAGUUUGUGCGGGUAGCGCCGCUGUCUGAAACUGAUAACCCAGAAGAUGAUAAGGUCUACGUGUUCUUCACUGAGCGCGCUCAGGAGGCAGAGGGGGCUGCUGGGAAGGUGCUCUACUCCAGAGUGGCACGUGUGUGCAAGAAUGACAUCGGAGGCCAGAGGAGUUUAGUCAACAAGUGGAGUACUUUCCAGAAGGCUCGUAUGGUGUGUUCAGUCCCAGGACCAGACGGCCUGCAGACACACUUCGACCAGCUGCAGGACAUCUUUAUCCUCCAUGGGAAAGACAAGAAGAACCCUCUCAUCUACGGCCUGUUUACCACUUCAAGUGAUAUCCUGAAUGGAUCAGCAGUGUGCGUUUACCGAAUGGAGGACGUGGUUAGGGCUUUCAAGGGAAACUUCCUGCAUAAGGAGGGACCUCAGUAUAAGUGGGCAGAGUUCACAGGCAAGGUGCCCUACCCCAGACCCGGAACUUGUCCCAGCAGUACCUAUGGAAGUUACAGCUCGACCAGAGAGUAUCCUGACGACGUCAUCUUCUUCAGCAGGACUCACCCGCUGCUGCAGGAAAAUGUCCUGCCUCUGGGAGAGCGCCCCCUCCUGGUCAGAGUGGGUGUUCACUACAAGUUCAGCAAACUGCUGGUGGACAGAGUGGAGGCUGUCGAUGGCACCUACGACGUGCUAUUCAUCGGCACAGACUCAGGCCUCGUGCUGAAGGCCAUCCAUCUGCCCAGAGAACAUGGUCAGAGUCAGGAGGUCACUCUGGAGCAGCUGCAGGUCUUUCAGCACAAAUCACCAGUGACAGCCAUUGACACUCCCUCAAAGAAAAAGCAGUGGUUGUUUGUGGGCUCCAGGGAGGGUGUGUCCCAGCUGGGCCUGUACCAGUGUGAGCUGUACGGUCAGGCCUGCGCUGAGUGCUGCCUGGCCAGAGAUCCAUACUGCACCUGGGAUGGACACGCCUGCAGCCCCUACAUGCCCACCGUGCGCAGGAGGAACGCUCGUCACUUAGGAGAGGACGAAGAUCCACUAACUCAGUGUGUCAGACAGGGAGCCGGGCUGCAGGUGGAGGCGGAGCAGAGGGUGAUGAUGGUUGCCGAGGGCAACAGCACCUACCUGGAGUGUCUGCCCCGAUCCAGACACGCUGCCGUUACCUGGUACAAACAGGCUGGAGAGAACAGUCCUGAACUAAACCAGGUGGUAACAGGUGACCAGCUGGUAGUGAUCGAGCGAGGUGUCCUGAUUCGUCAAGCUGAGCUGUCUCACGGCGGCGUCUACCACUGCCAGGUGGAGGAGCACGGCUACCACUGGACCGCCGUCACCGUCCGCCUCGCCGUCUGGAGCCCCUCGGCCAACCGCCUCCUCGCUGCCUGGUCUGGCUCGUCCUAUCAGAGCGCAGGAACCCAGCCCUGGUACGAGGACGUGAUGGCACUGAUUCACCCAGGAAACCUCGGCCAGCACUGCCGGGCACUGGGUUACCGCCCCCCGCGCAACCACCGUCGCCACGGUGACAUCAUGGUGGAGCCAAACAAGGAGAAAGAGAAGGGGGAGAGGCACAAGCACGGGGGAGGAGGAGGAGGAGGAGGAGGAGGAGGGGGAGGAAGAGCCGCGGGGAGGAAGAGCAGGAGCAAGCCACAGCAGAGGGCACCAAGGAGCGCUUGAAUGUGUCGUGGAACAAGAGGGCGAAUUUCCAGUGACUUAAACACACACAUACACACACAAUUAUGUUAAUGUCCACACUAAGACGCACACAGGUACACACACUCACACACACACACUUAACUUAACUUAUACACUGAGACAGAUAUAUACUGUAUGUACAGAGACUACGACAUGUGCAUGCACUUAUCCACAAACAAAAAAAGGCAUCCUUUCAUUAUAGUGACAAACUUUCAAACUAAGCUACACACAAACAACUGAAGUAUGUACAGGAGGAUGUGAACAGCAGAGACUGUUGCACCUGGACAAAAGACUUGUGAAUAAAGAAACAAAAGUAGAAUACAUUAGAUUGCAUAGCAUGUUGAAUGAAGGAUGAACUGCAUGUCCAGAUCGCUCAGUUUAACUGACUCUGUGUUGUGACAAGGACAUGGGAGAGGAUGUUUUGGAUUUGGAGCAUCUGCAGAAAAAAAAAAAAGUCUUGUUCCAAAAGCAGAUAUUGAACAUUUUAAAAAUCAUCUAACCCCUUCUGAAAGGAGUGCUGCCCUCAAGGACCAUACUGGUGGCUUUGCAUGAUCUUGCCUAUUAAUUACCAAUCACGUACACGCUGCCAACUCUCCAAAGCAGAACAGAUGUUUUUAGAUUGAUUUGUACCUUCCAGGCAGUAAUUCCAGUUCGCUUUGAAAAUCAUCUUCCAGGAAGUUGCAAAAUGCUUGAGAUAUGUAAUCCAUGACCGUGAACAAUAUGUUGCCCUUUCCUUUUCAAAGUUACGAUAUUUUAGUUGCAAGCAGCAGUUUUUUCAAAUUUCCCGGACACUCUCCUUGACCUUCAUGGAACUGAGGUUCAAUCGAUCAAACCCUUUUGAUUGACAUAAAACAUUGUGAAAAAAGAUUUGGCUGCCGUUCAGCCAAUCUCAGAUGUCGGAGUAUCCUUGAACAGUUCAUAUUAAUCUAAAAACCUUUUUUUGAAAAUAAUCCACAGUGAUGGUUAAUUGAAUAUUGUAUAUUUAGGUUGUGAAUAGCAGUAAAUAGCACUGAUGAGUUACAUGCAGCUUUUUCCCCCAAAUGGAUAUAAACCAACAGUUCACCUACAGUGAGAGUUUUGUUAGUUUCUUCAGAUAGGUGGGGUCUGACCACGAGAUGGCUGACCGCGACCACAGUGAUGAAAGGCAGAGAAAAGCAUGGCAAAGGCUUUGAUGAGGUUACAGACCUACUUUCCCAGGACGCUGCAGCCGCACAGACACACUGCAGGAGACGUUUCCAUUCUGUUCUUCUUUAAGGUUAAGAACUGUUAGGUUCGCAGACAUAUGUGGCACUGAUUUCAUGCCACGUAACAGAGAGCUCAGUAUAGGUGUGUUAAAGUUUAGUUUGCUUGGAGUCCCAUGUGAAGACAGUGUACAGUUUUAGACAAAUUCUAAAGAACAAAUACAUUCACGUUCACACAGUCGAGUCUUCCCAGUAACUAAACUUUACAUUUCCUCUUGACAUUCAUGAUUGAAUGUGUUCUAAAUGGUUUUAAUGAGUCUAAGCCUCAUAACCAGGGUCAUAACUACCAGACAUUUUUGGCAAAACACAGAGGGAUAUUUUAAUUGGUAGUAUUUAAAAUACAUUUUCGAGCAAGUAAAAACUGCAAUGACUGAUGCUCUGUACUCAGCAUAAUGAACCGCGUAAAAUAUCAAGAUACAUUUAAAAAGAUUUUUCAUUUUUCAUCGAUGAGAAAACGUGAUUCAAAGAGGGGCCGAACAAUGAACUGAACUGCCAAGAGACUCUGUACAGAAAAUGCAUGUUUCUCAACCUGUGGCUCAGGACCCAAAGUGGGCCACUGGUGACUUUGAGUGGAUUCCAACCCAACUAAAGAAGUGGAAUAAUAUACUGCUGGUCCUGUAACUCCAGCUGGUCAUGGCAUCUGGCUGUAAAUUAUGAAGCAGGCCCGAUGUAUAAUAAAGAAGCCUUUAUUAAGUUGGAACUUGAGAAAGUACUAGACAGGACUGGCGUCAAAUGGACUCUGGCCUUUGGAAUUUGAGCGACUUCAGCCACUUUGCAAGGCAGUAAAUUGUGAUUUGUUUUUAAUGUUAAUACUAAAUCAGCAAAUUUGUCCCACUUCUAUUUAACUUUAUUGUUAGUGGUAUUUAUUUGUUACAUCUGGAGUGAAAACUGCCUGUUUCAUAAGUUCACUUCAAGCUCUUUAUCAACUAAUUCAACCUUGAUGUCUCACAAAACUGGAUGCUUAUGUAACAUUAAUGUUUGUCUGUCUUUUAUAUGCUUGUACUGUAUGUUCGUGUGCCCACACAUUGACGUCUGCACAGUACUUCUCUCUCUCUUUUUUUUUUACAAGAUUUUGGAAUGCUACCAUCUGCUUCUGUUGAUGCACCUUCCCACUUCCACCUGUGCAAAUUCAGAUCAGUCACGUCUGCGAUCAUGGCUGUUUCUUUGAGAAUCAGACCCAUCCUGCAGGCAUUUAAAAGACUGCUUUGGUUCGAGGCAGCAUGGAAAUAAAAGUGUAUUUAAAUUUUGA